CCGUCGACACGUGUCAACGCAGGACGUGAACUGUGAAAAUACACUUUACCAUCAAUAAGCAACUUUUUGUGAAUUGAAUAAUAUGAGUGCAAAAAUUGAUUUAAUAAAAGAUGAGGAAACUGCUGACAGUCGACCAAAUUCAAAAGGAUUGGAAUUGAACUUAGAUGAAAAUAUAAAAUCAGCGUCGAGUGAUAAACGAAAAUCUUCCACUAAUAUAUCUACAAUGGGGUACAGUUCCAAGGAUGAAUGGUGUGGCACUGUUGUUAAGUAUAGUAUGUUCUUAUCCAAUUUUGUUAUUUUUAUUGGUGGUAUUGUUUUGGUAGCCAUUUCAGUUUAUACGCUGUUUGACAAAUCUUUUAUAAAAGAACUUUUAGGCACCAAUUUAUUCACUGGAGCCGUAUACAUACUUAUUGUUACUGGUGUACUAUUAUCGUUCCUAUCAUUUUUAGGAUGCGCCGGUGCCGUCAAAGAAGUCAAAUGUAUGCUGUUGACGUAUUUCAUUAUUCUAUUCAUAAUUUUUGUCGUUAUGUUGGUUGGAGGAAUUUUAUGUUAUGUUUUCCGUCAAAGAGUGCAGACAACCAUGCAGCAAGAAAUGCUCAGGACUAUUAGAUCUUAUGGCGAAGACCGAGCCAUAACUAGGGCAUGGGACGAUCUUCAGGAAGGCCUUCAUUGUUGUGGUGUUACGACUUAUGAUGACUGGAGGCAACACAGAAUUGGCGGUAUAAUACCUGACAGUUGUUGUCGGGAGAUCAACGGAAAGAAACAACCGUGUAAUUUGAGUUUUCAAGCGAGUCAACAAAUUUACACAUCAGGUUGCUUGAACGUUACGACGGCUUUCAUGAAGGAUCACGCAAAUACUGUAGGAACAGUUGGUAUAGCUGUAUCACUAAUUUUGCUUCUUGGAUUAGCUUUUUCGUGUGCACUGUUCAUGCUCAUCGUUUAAUAAACUUUGUGCUGCUAGCCAUUCGAAGUAUUAAUAUCGUCUAGUUCAAAAUCUUCAUAGUUCAUAUUUAUUAUUAAGACGUAAAUCCUAUUGCCUAAUAUGGCUAUUUUUAUCUAUAUAUAAACAUAAAUCAGACUGUUUUAUGUAAUUAAGUCUUUUAACUAUUCAUAAUUUAUAAUUAAAUACUUAAAAAUAAUUAUGCUAUCAAAAAAUAUGUUAAGUAUUGUACUAAGAUUUAUUAAUUAUAGAGGUGGAAUUAUUGGUAUAUGUUAGGAAAAAUUGGUCUUGAUUCUAAUUUUUUGGGACUUCUAAAGAUCGAUAUAUCAAAUAGAAUUAUUUUAAAA